AGUAUUGGCUGUCCUAAGGAAUGCGGUCGCCCCCCUGGGAAAGUACAUAUCAGGGAGCAGCAGGCGGCUCCGCGCUCGCACUCCGGCUCUGCCACCCUACGGCGCUCGCGUCUCCUCUCGCUCCUCUGCCUAAGGGCCCCUCGCCACCGCCACCAUGGACGCCAUCAAGAAGAAGAUGCAGAUGCUGAAGCUCGACAAAGAGAACGCCUUGGAUCGAGCAGAGCAGGCGGAGGCUGACAAGAAGGCGGCGGAAGACCGGAGCAAGCAGCUGGAAGAUGAGCUGGUGUCACUGCAAAAGAAACUCAAGGGCACUGAAGAUGAACUGGACAAAUACUCCGAGGCUCUCAAAGAUGCCCAGGAGAAACUGGAGCUGGCGGAGAAAAAGGCCACAGAUGCUGAAGCUGACGUAGCAUCUCUGAACAGGCGCAUCCAGCUGGUUGAGGAGGAGUUGGAUCGCGCUCAGGAGCGCCUGGCCACAGCGCUGCAGAAGCUGGAGGAGGCUGAGAAGGCUGCAGAUGAGAGCGAGAGAGGCAUGAAAGUCAUUGAAAGCCGAGCCCAAAAAGAUGAAGAAAAGAUGGAGAUUCAGGAGAUCCAGCUGAAAGAGGCCAAGCACAUUGCUGAAGAUGCUGACCGAAAGUAUGAAGAGGUGGCCCGUAAGCUGGUCAUCAUCGAGAGCGAUCUGGAGCGUGCGGAGGAGAGGGCUGAGCUCUCGGAAGGCAAAUGUGCCGAGCUUGAAGAAGAAUUGAAAACGGUGACGAACAACUUGAAGUCACUGGAGGCUCAGGCUGAGAAGUACUCUCAGAAAGAAGACAAGUAUGAAGAGGAGAUCAAGGUUCUCUCUGACAAGCUGAAGGAGGCUGAGACCCGGGCUGAGUUUGCAGAGAGAUCAGUAACCAAAUUGGAGAAAAGCAUUGAUGACUUAGAAGAUCAACUCUACCAUCAACUCGAGCAAAACCGCCGUCUAACUAACGAACUAAAGCUGGCCCUGAAUGAGGAUUAAAACCCUGGGCCAAGUUCUAGGAACGGAGUCCAUGUUCAGAAAAUCUAUGACUCUCGGGGUUAAAAAAUGAUAACUUCUAGAGAAAUGGGAAGGAAAUGCAUUGGCUGGAAGGCCAGCCUUGCCUAUGUUUUCCUCUGUAUAUCUUAAUUAAAUCUUCAAUAACCAAGAAGUUUUUAUGAUACAUUAUGUAUAUGGGAAAAUAUUUAUACCAAUCAAUUCAGCUCUUCCUGCAUCAGCAGGUCCUCUUUGAAGUGAUUGAUAAUGAGGACUCCCCCACCACCACCACCACCCCCCAAAAAAGGAAAAAAUUUUCUAUUUCCUCUAAACAGCUGUGAGUCCUGCUUUAAAUAUCUCUUCUACAUUUGUAUUCCUAACAUCCUCCUAACAUGUAUAGUGUUUGAAAUGUGAUCCAACGUGUACCUAUGCUUGGGCAAAAUAGCUUUUGAAAACAGGAGCUCGUACCACAAGUCCCUGGUUGAAAGGUAUGCUUUGUUAAGUUGAAUGGUGUUGGAAUCUGAUGAUCGUGUCAUGCUAAUAAGUGGGAUACUAUAAAAAGACUAAGAGAAUGUCCCUAAUGAAGUGUGCAUGAGAUGUGUUGAUAUAACCAUUUGCGAGCCGUAGAAAUAAAUCUAUUUAAAAAGUGGUCAGAACCUUCCUUACAUCAUCUUCGUUUUCUGUGAGGUCGUGUUCUGGCACACCUACCCGAUCUUUAACUGCCUGUAACUCAGAAUCCUGUGCUGGUAUUAACGUCUUCUUCGGUCUGUGUAACAAUGCUGUACCUGUAUUUGGUUUUUGACCCUCCCUUGUUCCCCGUAGCACGAAGUGGGUGAGCCUUCACCAAACACACCCUGCACGUUACGUCAGGGUGGGUUGCAGGUGUAGGUGCACCCGGGGGCCUUGUGUAGAUGUGAGUGACUUCCAAAGCAUGUGUAGUGCCACUCAUCUGUGUGUGACUGGUGUUUGCUUACUAAAUGUACAAACCACUACCGAGUGUGAAGCUCAGCCAUUCAUGACUCAAUUUUCUGAUCCCAUCACAGAGAAAGUGGCACAUGCCAAAGAAGAAAACCUUAGUAUGCACCAGAUGCUGGACCAGACUUUACUGGAGCUAAACAACAUGUGAAACCCUCCUUAGCUGCGGCCACAUUCUCUCGUUUCCCCCUGUUGUUUUAUUUUGUCUUUAAACACAUGCUUACCAUGAAACCCCUUCAAUGCGUUUUUUUUAUAUAUAUACCUUUACCACUGUCACUGCAACAUCUGCAGAGAGCCAGCUAGGGCAGGGGGUGGGGAAAGACACACAGAAAGUCAGGGUACUUGUUAUUUAAAUGUGCCAUUUCCCAGGUUGACAUUGCCACACUUCACAGAGUUUAGGCAUGCAGUUUGCUUAGCCAGUGUAGGAAGCCUCACGAAAACAAAAGGAUUAACAGCCUAAGUGCCAACGGUGGGGUCAUCAGGAAGACUGAUGUUGGAGACAAUCAGGUGCAGAUUGGUGCUAAUUUAAACAAAAGGACCCCUGGUGUCUUUUGUUCAAUCUAAUACAAUUUAGACUUCUGUCCAACACUAAUUUAUUUUUGUCUUGAGUAGCACUGCGAGAGGAUAUGGGUUCCGUGUGCCCGUGUUCCUCACAGCCAAGGGUUUGAAAGGCACGCUGGUCUUGUGAGAUUCCCAUUCCUUCCCAGCUGACAUGCUUGCGGUCCCUUCCAACUCAGUGGGGAGAGGGCUCAGUGCUGUUCGCCCCCCCUCCCAAUUCUCCAUGUCAGGGUAAGAGAUCUAGGCACUACAUAUGUGAUUGGUAAAGAAAAGGCAUUUUCUCGAGAGUUAUAACUAUGUAAACAUUGUAUAAUGAUAUGAAAUAAAAUGCACAUUGUAGGACAUUUUCUAAA